AUGUUCACGACCAUGAAAGGAGAUAAAAAUGCUCAUGAUGACGCAACCAUGGUGGACAUUGUCGAGUACGACGUUAACGCGACCUACGUUUCCUCAUUCGAAAAUCAAACCUUUUCCGGUGCGAUAAAAAUAUUGGAAAAAAUCGAACUCUACUACGUUCCGUUUUUGGUAGCAUUCGGAACUGUCGGCAAUUGGUUAUCCGUCGUCGUUUUCUUCAGCACCAAACUCCGAAAAUUGUCGUCGAGUUUUUACCUCGCCGCACUCGCCAUAAGCGACACAGGAUUCCUACUCAUCAUAUUCGUUUCGUGGUUGAACAUGAUCGAUAUAUCGAUAUUCAAUCAACCGAUAUUUUGCGAACUCUCCGUGUACCUAUCGUCCGUGUGUAGUUUCCUAAGCGUUUGGUUCGUCGUCGCGUUCACCGUCGAACGAUUUAUAGCCGUGGGUUAUCCUCUCAAGCGACCCUCCAUGUGCACCGUGUCCCGUGCCAAAAUCGUUAUAACGUGUCUCACGUUCGCGUCGUUACUCUUUUACAUGCCUCAGAUAUUCAUAUCCGGUUUGGAGAGUCAUUCGGAUCGUGCGACCAAUCAAACGAUUCUCAUGUGCCAAUUAAAAGAAGACUACAAAGAUUUGUACAACGUUCUCGACAGCGUUGAUUUUUUCAUCGUUCUCAUACUUCCCUUUUUCGCCAUAUCAUUCAUUAACACGAGCAUUUGUUUGACCGUUUGGAAAUUGGCACGGAUAAGGCGAACAAUGACCAACACUUUGCAAGGAAGAAUCGUGAACGGAGUCGUUCAACGUCCCCCAGCUCUAAGAAUGCCUUCCUCGAUACGAUCGAACAAUUCGCAAAUCAAGGUCACCAAAAUGCUCUUGAUCGUGUCGACUGUUUUCAUAUGUCUCAACCUUCCGUCGUAUAUUUUGCGUUCGGCUUUGCAUUUCCAAGAGAAAAAGAAAAACUUCUAG